AUGUCGGCCGUCAACUUGGGUUCGGUUCAGCUAGAUGAGUGCGUAGUUUUGUCCGGCAUUUCGGGCCGCUUCCCGCAGUCGGAUAAUAUGCGUCAGUUUGCUGAGAACCUGUACGACAAGCGUGAUCUGGUGGAUGAUAAGGAAACACGUUGGCCGCAUACUAUGCCGGAGAUUCCGCGUCGUUCCGGUAAGAUCAACAAUUUGGACAAGUUUGACCGGGAGUUUUUCGGUGUCAGCCGGAAUCAGUGCAAUGCUAUGGAUUCGCAAUUGCGGCUGUUGCUGGAGCAUGCUUAUGAAGCGAUUGUGGACUCCGGUACCAACCCCGAAACAGUGCGGGGCUCGAAAACCGGAGUGUUUGUCGGAGUUUGCUUCUCGGAAACUGAGGCUAGGUUAUUUUUUCAAUCGUGCCCUCCGAAAGGAUAUGCUAUGCUAGGAUGUGCCAAGUCUCAGAUAGCCAACAGAAUUUCCUAUGUGUUUGACCUUCGUGGACCGUCUCUUGUACUGGAUACUGCGUGCAGCAGCAGCAUGUAUGCUAUGGAUGUAGCCCGUAGGAAAAUAUUGAGUGGAGAAUGUGAUGCUGCUCUUGUUUUGGGAACUAAUCUUUGCUUGCAUCCAUACAUUUCGUAUCAGUUCUCUCUGCUGGGCGUUCUAGCUAAAGACGGUGUUUGUCGACCGUUCGACGAAAAGGCCAACGGGUAUACACGAUCUGAAGUGAUUUGUGCUGCGUUUUUACAAAAAGCUAAGGACGCCAAUCGAAUCUAUGCGCACAUCCUACACUCUAAGACCAAUUGCGACGGAUUCAAAUCCGAGGGAAUAACAUAUCCCUCAGGAGUAAUGCAGAAACGGCUCAUGAGUGAAUUCUACGAUGAAAUAUCAAUUGAUCCCAGAGACAUUGCCUACAUAGAAGCUCAUAGUACCGGUACUGUUGUAGGAGAUCCGGAAGAAUGCGAUGCAAUUGAUAAGGUGUUUUGUACGGAUCGCCAACGUCCUAUGCCGAUCGGGUCAGUUAAAUCCAAUAUUGGACACUCGGAAGCCUCAGCGGCAUUGUCAUCACUUGCCAAGUGUGUCAUUGCAAUGGAAAGUGACUUGAUUCCUCCUAAUAUCAACUUCACUAAAAAUAGAGCUGACGUUCCAGCCUUGAACGCGGGUCGUCUACAGGUCGUCGAUCAUGCACAACCAAUGGAAGGUCCACUUAUAGCGAUCAACUCUUUUGGAUUUGGGGGAGCUAACGCGCACAUGUUAAUUCAACGUAACACAAGGGAGAAAACUGGACAAGGAAUUCCAGAUGAUGACCUUCCACGUCUAAUUACCUGGUCGGGUAGAACCAAAGAAGCAGUGGAAUAUAUGUUUCAGGACAUAUGCACUCGUCCGCUGGACGUCGAUUUCGUCGCUUUGUUGCAUAAUAUGCAACGCACUCGAACUCCAGGACAUCGAUAUCGAGGCUUCGCUGUUUUCGAAAACCGAGGAUCACAGCCUACCAGCAUGAACGUCUUCAACAUAAAUCGCGUCAAACUCGACGAUUCGCCACUUGUGGCUAUCUUUCCCGGUAUAACUUUGAGGUGGCGAGAAGAUUUGGAAGCCUUAAGUCAACUUCCAUGUGUUCAGCAAACGGUGACCGAGUGUUGUACUGUACUGGGAACUUUUGGGUACGAUCUUUUCCAUAAACCAUCGCGGAGAACGGAUCUUCGACAGCUCUUGAUUGGAUCCACUGUACUCCAGCUGGCGUACGCUGAUAUUCUUACGACAACUGGAGUCCAGCUAAACGCAUACGGAGGUCACUCGAUCGGGCAGUUUACUUGCGCUUAUCUCGAUGGCUGCCUAACUUUGGAACAGAUAGUCCAAAUUGCGAACUAUCACGGAUCUGUUUUAGCCGAGUACAAAACCGAAAUGAACUUCAACGCAUUCCUCGAAUUAGGCUCGAAACGUCCGGUACCGCCACUUUCUUUCGAUGGGUUCAUUCAAGACACAUUUCUGUCGCGUUUCGGAGUCGUUGGAGGUCCGCUGAAUCCCACCUGUGCCGUGGUUGAUCAGUUGAAGUCACGAGGCUACGUCGCAGAGCAUUUGCCAUUUGUGAGUCUGGUCUACGCAAAGGAUUCGACAACUGAGCUGUCGGAGAAGCUGAAUACCCUUGUUUCGCACAUAAUUCCACAGCCUCUGACACCUUCGCUUCGCUGGAUCAACCUUAAAAACCCAUCGGACUUCGCAUCGACUUCGGUUCACGAUUCGUUCUCUAUUGUAAACCUGUUGGAGAAAAUCCCGGAGCAUUGCAUGUUACUGGAACCAUUAGCAAAACAAUCUAUGCAACCUGUUCUGAAAAGUUUGAAUCGAAAAUCCAAAUGCAUGCCUUUUGAGAAGGGUACUUCAACUAUUAAAGGGCUUCUAUCUACGCUAGGACACCUGUACUUAACUCAGCAGGAUCUGAAUUUGCUGAACCUCUACCCGCCGGUACAAUUUCCAGUUGCUCGAGGAACUCCAAUGAUUUCGCCGUUGAUACGAUGGGAUCAUCGUGAUUCGUGGUAUGUCGUGCGGUACGAAUGGGUGGCGUUCCGAGUAUCCAACCAGUUGAACUUCAAGGUUACCCUAGCGGAUCAGGACUUCGUUUAUGCUGCUGGACAUUGCAUUGAUGGAAGGGUGCUAUUUCCGGCAACGGGUUACCUCAGUCUGGUAUGGGAGCUGAUAGCAUACCUGAAGCAACGGGAGCUGUCGGAUUGUCCGGUGCAGUUCGAUGAUGUGCAGUUUCUACGAGCGACAACACUCACCAAGAAUAAGGCUGUCAAUCUCUUGGUCACAUUGCAAAAGGGUACUGGAAGAUUCGAGAUUGCAGAUGGUACAACUCCGGUGGUGACUGGGUUUGCGAGAAUGCUCGAAACAAAGCACGAGCAGUAUCAGGCUUUCGAAGAGAACUCGUUAGCUCCCCUGCUGACAUCCCGGGACUUCUACAAGGAGCUCAGGCUGCGGGGAUAUCAUUACAACGCGUUGUUCAAAUCCGUAAUGGAAGCUCACAGCGACGGUUCCGCGGCUAAGAUUCAAUGGAAGGGUAACUGGGUUGCCUUUUUGGACUGCCUCUUACAGGUAGGAAUAGUUUCUAUCGAUACCCGAUCCUUGAUGGUUCCGACAGCCAUUGAAAGUGUCACGAUCUACCCGAAACAACACCUGUCGUUGAUGUCUCGUGAUGAUGAAGGUUCUACAGACUACUUCAACGUUUCGAAUUGCGCCAAGACUAACGUAUGCGUCUCCGGAGGCGUUCGAAUAACUGGCCUUCGGGCAAACGUCGUAAGUAGACGAAACCCUCCGGGUGUUCCUGUACUGGAGACAUAUAGCUUUGUGCCAUAUAAUGCUACCGAGGAAGUGUCUCUCACGGAAGCAGUGAGGAUGUGCGUUCAGAUAGCUUUGGAAAACGCACCAACUCUGUCAAUUCGUGCUACGGAGAUAUAUAACGAUGGUACUGAGUUAUUAUUGCCAUACUUUGCAGAGGCCGUGGCUGAUUUGCCAUUGGUUCAACCAACCUUGACUUUGUUGACGUCGAAAGACAUGGAACUUUCAAAUAUCACAGUCAAAAAUGAGAAACUUGCGGACCAAACGGGACUUCAGUUCAUAAUUAGCCACAACGUGCUAAACGAUGACAAUUUUCUACGAGACGCUAUGACUAGUCUGGACCCUUCAGGUUUCCUAGUAAUACGGCACUCGAAUACCGAUGUUGAUAUUCCGGCAAAGCUGGUGAAAGUCGCUAGCUUUAUCAAUCAGAAGAACCAAGCACUUAUUCUUCUGCAGAAGACAUCCAACAAUUUCAAAGAAUCACCGGCCGUUAUCCGGGUUCGUUCAGACGAUCUUAAUUUUGAAUGGCUUCAUGAACUGCAGAACGUGAUCAAAAUUAAACCGGUUCUGCUGUUUUCGCAAGAUGAUCCAAUCUCUGGCAUAAUCGGCCUGGUCAACUGCAUCAAGAAAGAGCUUAAAUCAUACCCGGUGCGCUGUGUUUUCAUAGACGACCGUAGUGCUCCACCGUUCGCUCAGAGUGAACCGUUCUACAAGAAUCAACUCAGCAAGGAUCUAACCAUCAACGUCUAUCGAAAUGGAACUUGGGGUAGCUACCGUCAUGCGCUCAUGGACCUUAAACCGAAAGUAGAGUCCGUACGCAAUCAUUGCUUUGCCAAUUGCUUCACGAAGGGUGAUCUUUCGUCGAUGACCUGGUUCAGCGGUCCGUUGAACACUUUUUCUUCCGGUGGCGAACUGAUACGGGUUGUGUACAGUGCGUUGAACUUCCGCGAUGUGAUGAUCGCUACGAGUAGACUUUCGUCGGAUGUGCUGCACGUCAAUCGGUUGGAGCAGGAGUGCUUGCUUGGCAAUGAAUAUUCUGGAGUGUCGGUGCGUGGUCGACGGGUUAUGGGAGUUCUGCCCAGUGGGGCUAUGGCAACCUUGGUAGAGUGCGAUCCGCUGAUGACUUGGACCAUUCCAGAUGACUGGAGUUUGGAAGAAGCGGCAACUGUUCCCGUGGUUUACGGAACAGUUUACACGGCACUGUUCGUAUGCAGUCGAAUCAGGAAGGGCAAGUCGAUCUUGAUCCAUGCUGGCAGCGGAGGCGUUGGAUUAGCAGCUAUUCAAGUAUGCCUGGCAUACGGAAUGGAAGUGUUCAGUACGGUUAGCAAUGAGGAGAAGAAGCAGUUUAUUUUGAAACGCUAUCCACGCUUAAAGGCAGAGAACAUAGGAAACUCCAGGGACACUUCUUUCGAGAACAUGAUCAAAUUGAGAACGAGUGGCCGAGGGGUAGAUUUCGUUCUGAACUCUUUGGCUGAAGAAAAGCUACAAGCAUCGCUGCGAUGUCUCAGUAGAAACGGUCACUUCCUGGAAAUAGGAAAGUACGAUAUGGCAAACAACUCUAAGAUCGCCAUGGAGCUGUUCCAAAAAGGAAUUUCCUUCACGGCUGUUAUGUUGGAUGCCAUGUUUAAGGGAUCUUUUGCAGAAAAACAGAGACUACAUGCAUUACUAACGGCAGACAUGCUGAGUGGAGUCAUCAAGCCAUUGAACACCACGGUCUUCCCGGCGAUAGAAAUAGAAAAGGCCUUCCGGUUUCUUGCCAGCGGGAAACACAUUGGCAAAAUUCUUCUGGAGAUCCGUAGCCGCGAAGACGAUGCGCAGACAAUGCCUAUCAACUAUGUUCCAAGAAUGUACUGCGAUCCAGACUGCUCAUACGUGAUCGUAGGAGGACUGGGAGGCUUCGGUUUGGAACUGGCAGAUUGGUUAAUUCUACGUGGAUGUCGCAAGCUUAUUAUCAGUUCUAGCCGAGGAAUCACAAAACCCUAUCAGGAAUAUCGAAUUAGAUUGUGGAAUCGAUACGGAGUUCGUACUUUGGUGAAUACUGCCAAUAUAACCACCCUGGAAGGAUGUCGUGAGCUUCUCCGUGAGGCAUCUGUUAUAGGGCCAGUUAUCGCCAUCUUUAAUCUAGCGGUCCAAUUGCGGGACUCCAUCCUGGAAAACCAAACCCCCGGAAAGUUCAGCGAAUGUCUAGCACCGAAAGCGUAUGCUACCCGCUUUCUGGACGAAGUUAGUCGAAAGUUGUGCCCAAGGUUAACGCACUUCGUGGUGUUCUCAAGUGUAUCAUGCGGGCGAGGAAACGCAGGCCAGAGCAACUAUGGAAUGGCCAAUUCCAUGAUGGAGCGGAUUGUGGAGAACCGUGUAGCGGAAGGCUUGCCGGGGAAAGCCAUUCAAUGGGGAGCUAUCGGCGAGGUCGGGAUUGUUGCAGACAUGGCCGAGGAUAGACUCGACAUGGAGAUUGGCGGUACACUACAGCAGCGGAUUUCGUCUUGUUUACAGGAACUGGACCGUCUGCUGACGUGUGACGAUCCCAUUGUGGGCAGUAUGGUUGUAGCGGAAAAGCGCAUCUGCGGAGGUUCGAGGAACAUAAUGGAAACAGUUAUGAACAUCAUGAGUAUUCGUGAUAUGAAAUCAGUUUCCAUGGAAAGUACCCUAGCGGAUGUUGGUAUGGACUCACUGAUGGCAGUAGAAAUUAAACAAGUUUUGGAGAGUGACUUCGAUUUGGUUCUAUCGCCUUUGGAGCUUCGCACGUUAACCUUCAUGAAGCUACAGAAGAUGGUAGAUGAAAAGAGACUCAAUGCAGACGCAAAGACCGAAAUGUCUGCCCGUCCAAUGGUCAUCGGUAUGGAAAUGCUGCUCAGAAACUUGGGUGAAGAGGAGCACAGUGCCAUAACGUUACUCCCCUUGCCAUCGAAGUCAACUGAAGGACGUCCAAUUCUUAUCAUUCCUGGCUUGGAGGGUGUAGCAGGUCAUGUUUGGCGAAUAUUGGCGGCCGGACUAAAUGCGCCUGUUUAUAUGCUACAAACAUUGAACACGUUUGAGCUUAAAAGCAUUUCGGAAAUUGUGGAUCACGUUUUUGAUGAGCUAGACAAAGAAGUAUUCGCCGGUUUUGAUGACUUCUUCAUUGUUGGCUACUCCUUCGGAACUUUGAUCGCUUAUGAAAUCGUAAGACGACUGCAGCGCCGGAACCUCCCCGGAAAACUAAUACUGCUUGACGGAGCUCCGAAGUUCUUGAAGCAGCUGUCAGCGAUGCAGAUGGGUAACGGCGUGUCGGACGAGGACAUUCAAACCAUGCUUAUGAUUGCAAUCAUAUCGCAAGUGUUCCCGAGUUCUCCCAUCGAGAAGAGUUAUUCGAUUAUGCAGGUCGCAUCCUUUGAUGGGCAAAUCGAGAGGCUGAUCGAAGUGGCCAAGGGCCAGGCAACUUAUUCGCCGGACUAUACUCGCAAAAUGACCAAGGCACUGUUCAACCGUAUCAAGAUGGUGCUUGGUUUGAACAUUGAGGCAAUGGAACCUCUGAAGGUGCCGAUUGUGCUGGUGCGCCCGUCGGAAGUGUCUGUGAUCGAUAUAGACGAAGAAUAUGGAUUGGAAGGAAGUACCACUGCAACAAUGUCGAUGAAAGUAGUUGAUGGAAGCCACAUGACGAUGUUAGACAACAAAGUUUUAGUGGAUAUUAUAAAUAGUUUGAAUGUGUAGAAUGCACAAACUACGUGAGGAAAUGAAACUGGCAUGACCGGACUACGAACAAUAUUUUUAGAUUAA